UGAGUCAGCCGAGAGCAGACAGCCGAGUGCCGGGGAGGGACUGCGUUGUGGAGAGGAUAAACUCUCUCAGUGAAAAGCGAACAUUUUCGCCGUCUCCUUCAUGUCCAACUGAAUUAACGUCCGUGGAGUGAAGUUGCAAAAAAAAAAAAAAAUGGAGCGGCAACGUUUCUACCUACUUUUUGCAGGAGCGCUCCCUUUUCUUGUAGUCGUGCUGGAGCCGUCGGCUGGUAUGUUCCAUUCACCCAUCCGCAUGCAUCAGCUGUGUAAGUUCUGUGACCUGGAGCGAUCCGACUGCAAUGGUACCGGCACCUGUACCUCCAACUGCACUAUCACGUCUACCUGUUUGAAGGACCAGGAGGUCUGUGUGGCUAUCUGGAGGAGGAAUGAGACCCACUUCUCAGUGGAGACCCUGUGCUAUGACCCCUCCAAGCCACUCUAUGGCAUUCUUUUGGAUGACUACAACAGCUCCACCUGUGUAAUGAGGGAGAAAAACAUAACAGGGGGACCAGCUUACCUCUGUUCCUGUAUGGAUGAGGAGUGUAACGACAACCUGUACUUCUCCCCCUCCGUGGAUCCAACCCAGGAGGUUCCUGUCUUCUCAGUGAUCCUGGUGAUCCUGCUACCUGUCCUGGGGCUGCUGCUGCUGGUUGUCGCCAUGUUCUGCUGGCACCGCUUCCACCGGCGUCGUGAGCUCAACCAAGACUGGGAGAGCAACAGUAGGAAGCGCAAGGGCAAGACAGGAGGGCUGGAUUGUAGCGACGCUUGUGCCAUCAUGAUGGAUGACGACGGGUCUGACAGUAGCUCAACACACGCCAACAACCUGAAUCAUAACACUGAGCCACUCCCCAUAGAGCUGGAUCUACAGGUGGGUAAGGGUCGCUUCGCCCAGGUGUACAAGGCUAAGCUAAAGCAGAGCACGUCAGAUCAGUUUGAAACGGUGGCUGUGAAGAUCUUCCCCUAUGAGGAAUAUGCAUCCUGGAAGAAUGAGAAGGACAUCUUCUCCGACACAGACCUCAGACAUGAGAAUAUCCUUCACUUCCUGACAGCGGAGGACCGGAAACUGGAGAAGCAAUAUUGGCUCAUUACUGCCUUCCACCCAAGAGGGAAUCUACAGGAAUAUCUGACACGUCACGUAAUCAGCUGGGAGGAUCUAUGUGUGCUGGGCGGCUCUCUGGCCAUGGGAGUGGCCCAUCUCCACAGUGACCACCUCCCCUGUGGACGCCCCAAGGUACCCAUAGUCCACCGUGACCUGAAGAGCUCCAACAUCCUGGUGAAGAACGACCUGACCUGCUGCCUGUGUGACUUUGGCCUGGCCCUCCGACUGGACAACUCCCUGUCUGUUGAUGAUUUAGCCAACAGCGGACAGGUUGGCACGGCACGCUACAUGGCUCCAGAGGUGCUGGAGUCCAGACUGAACCUGGAGAACAUUGAGUCCUUCAAACAGACCGAUGUUUACUCCAUGGCUCUGGUACUGUGGGAACUGACAUCUAGGUGUGAAGCCAUCGGAGAGGUUAAGGAAUACGAGCCUCCAUUUGGCUCCAAGGUGCGAGAGCACCCCUGUGUGGAGAGCAUGAAGGACAAUGUUCUGAGAGACCGAGGGAGACCCGAGAUCCCCAACACCUGGCUGGGCCAUCAGGGUGUGGCAGCAAUUUGUGCUACCAUUGAGGACUGCUGGGACCACGACCCUGAGGCCCGUCUCACUGCCCACUGCGUCGCCGAACGCUUUGCCGAAGUGGAAGAUGAGAUAGAGAAACUGUCCAGCCGCAGCUCUUCGGCCGAGAAGAUACCAGAUGAGCUGAAAAUACCAUCCGAAGAGGAAAUCAUAGCUGAGGAGGUGAAAAUAACAGAGAUUCAAGAGAUCCAAAAGAUACAAGAGAUUAUACCCGUUGACUGCUCUGUGAGUGAUGAAAAGUAAAAAGUGGAUAAACCUGGCUUUAUCUUCAUGGACAAAGAGAAUGUCAGCAAGGGCACUUAUUCUACUGUCUGUGUUAUGAGGUUAAAGAGGAACCCAGAGGAGCUGAGCUCCUUCCUCCCAGGACUUUGAGCCAAGUACAGUUGAGACACAGUUUCAAAUCAUACUGCAGUCCCGCUAAGGAAUUUAUAAAGUAAAAUAGCUGGGCUAUGUGUUUAGAAAACAUUGCUUCAAGUAUACCAAUAUUACAUCCAAUUCUAAUCAGCUAAUCAGUCAAAGAACCAAAGAGCCAGAGAUGUGCUGAACAUGUGUAGAAGUGUUCAUAGUGCUCAAACAAUAAAACUGGUUUCUUCCACAUGAGAAGGCCAUCUCUGUGCCUUGGAGACUGCACACAGGUCAAUAACCAUUUUAAACCAAAGACAUUUGAUAUGCACUUUACUGUGGGAUACUUGUAUUGCAUACUUUUUCUUCUUUCUUUAUUUUCUUGUACUCUUACUUGGGUGGGUUUAGGUUAUUGAGAGGUUUUGCCAGAGUGCCUUUGUUUAUAAUGACUGUGAGCCAAAGUGUAAGCAGAGAUGUUGCCAUAACACUAAUGAUGCUGUGGACUCCCUCCUCACUACAGGAAUUAAAAAGAAUGUGUAAGUGUAUAUGAGUGUGUGUGUGUGUGUGUGUGUGUGUGUGUGUGUGUGUGUGUGUGUGUGUGUGUGUGUGUGUGUGUGUGUGUGUGUGUGUGUGUGUGUGUGUGUGCGUGCACACUCCUUCAUGUGGAGUGUGUACAUGUGAGUUCAUGUGUGUUUGUAGAUGCAUGUGUACAUGUUUGGGUGAGUAUCUUUGGGUCUACAUGUGUUGUUUUUACCCAGCUAUCGUUACAAAAAUGUUUGCUAAAUAAACAUCGUUACAAAAAUGUUUGCUAAAUAAACAAGCACAAUGUAAAUAGAGACAAUAAGUGUACAUAAAAUAGACAAAUCAGUCAAAAGGGAAAGUUAUCAUCAUACUUAUAUUUGAUUUUACAGAGAAUAUUUUUCUUUUUUUACAAUAUUUCCUGUUUUCUGACUAUAUGAUCAACAGAAAACUGAAAGCAGUGCCAAAGAUAUUUUACCUUACCCUGUAUGUGUGUAACAUGUAAAAUAUUGUAAAAUUUUUAUGAAUAAAAAAUUAUUUCUGUAUUGCCUA